AUGCGGCUUACUAGAAGAUGCAUUAUUGACGAACUCCAUGAUAACAACGAGGUUUAUUGGGAGGGGUCUUUUGUGAUUUUUGGUUUUGUGAGAUCUAUUGUGGAUGAGGGACCUUGGUGGUAUUCAGCUUGUGUUUGUGGGAAGUCAAUUCAGCCUCAAGAUGGUGCAUAUUAUUGUGAUUUUUGUCAGCACUAUGUUACCAAUGUGACUCCUAAAUAUAGGAUCAAAAUAGCUGUUGAGGAUGACAAUGAACAUGGUGUAUUUGUGUUAUUCGAUCGUGAGGCUGCUUACUUAUUGAAAAAAUCAUGUGCUGAUCUGUUUGGAGAAGUUCAGAAGGAUGCAAAUGUUGUUUGUGGAGAUAGUUAUCCUGUGAUGUUCCAGCAAUUGGUGGGUAGAAAAUUGCUCCUUAAGAUAGAUACCAAGAGUGUUGGUGCAGACAAGUAUUUUGGAACUUUCCAUAAGAGAAGAGUUUGUGAUGAUGCUGCUAUUAUUUCCAUGUUUGAGUUGCCUAACUAUGAUGCCGAUGAUGAGUGUACUCCAUUGAAGGAUGGUAAGUUGGGAAAGAUCCCUUCAACUGGGGAUGAACAUAUUGUUGACAAGAAAGAGCCCUGUGAGGUGCUGCAUGAGGGUAUCACUGCUGAUGGAAAUUGUUCAAAUAUGAAGACAAACUGCAAGCCGUUGAUUGAUUUUCUUGGUGAAAAGGGUGCUGUAGUUCCUGGAUUGGAUGAUAUAAGUACUGAAAUUGAUAUUGUAAGAGAGGCAAGGAAAAGUGUUGGUGAUAGUGUACUUGUUGAUGGGGAGUGCAGUCUGGAAAUUGAGGGUCUCUUGAAUAGAUUUGCCUCACAAUUGUCUUAA